UCAGGAAGCGAAGCCAGCCCAAGGGGCCGGGGAAUUGCACACAAUCGAUCAGGUAUAAUCGUACCAAGCAUACACUACGGACGUGGUUAAUCUGACGCAUUUGUAAAUAAAGCUAAACCGGGAACAACCUUGGAAAUGUCCAAGUAUGAAGUAGAUGACUUUGUGACCCCACCCGACCCCGACCUCAUCUGCUGUAUCUGCCGCAGCGUGCUCUACAAGCCGCUGGAGAGCCCCUGCCAGCAUGUCUUCUGCAAGGACUGCAUCAACACCUGGCUGAGCGAGCACCGCAGCUGUCCCAGCUGCCGCAAGCACCUCAGCAACUCCCGGCUGAAGCCCGUCCUGCCCAUCGUCCGCAACAUGAUCAACCGCCUGCUGGUCCGGUGCGAGAACGAGUCGCGGGGCUGCAGCAAGGGCGUCAAGCUGGAAGUGAUUGAGCAGCACGCCAAAGAGUGUGAAUUUGCCCUAGUGGGUUGUCUCAACACUGGCUGCAUCAAGAACGUCCUGCGCAAGGACAUGUUGAAGCAUGAAAAGGAGUGCCCAUACCGGCUGGUGAAGUGCAAAAAAGGGUGCGGACUACCAGUGACAGUCGCCAACAUGAAAGAGCACAACUGUAUUCAGAGUUUGAAAAAUAGCAUGCAAGCCAUGGAGCAAACCUUCAACCAACGCUUUAAGGAUCUAGAGGAUAAACUGAUUCAGUCUCGUCAGGAGGUGACGGAGCGUGUUAGUCGUGUCGAACAAGACUUGCUGGACGAAAUUUAUGACUCCGAUGUACGGAUCAAUGCUUUGCGAAGUGAGCUGCAACGACAUGGCUACAGCUUGAGCAGAAGCCGUAGCCGCAGUCGCAGCAGGAGCCGUAGCUAUAGCCGCAGUCCUAACCGCAGCCCUAGCCACAGUCCAAGGCGUAGUCACAGUAACAGUCGGAGCCGUAGCCAGAGCCCCAGUUAUGACAGCCACAGCAGAGAUGAGAGUUCUGAUCGAGGCCAUACGGACAGCUCUUCAAAUGACUGGUUCAGGAGUUACUACGAGUGGGAGUCUACCAGCGAUGAGACACACGAACAGUAUGAAUUGCCCGAUGAAGAGCCUUGGCACGAAGGAUACUCCCCAGAUUGGUCAGGGAGAGACAGUCCCUAUGCAGAGUUCAGUCCUGCCGAAGAGGAAGACCCACCCAUCCUGGAGUUCACCGAGCGUACUCCUUGGUCGACCACCCGGACUCAGUUUUUUGCUCCAUCUGGCAGCAGGGCAAGCCAGUCGACUUCAGACAGAAGUCAAUCUGCACAAGCCAACCGUGAAUCAAACCAGGUGAGUAACCAGCUAGGUCAAGCAAGCAGCGAGCUUGCAUCUGAGGGAGGGUUGCCGCCCCAGCGUCAUUCUGACAGUGAGGAAUCUGAACCAGAGACUUCAGAGAAUAGGCGUUAUCCACUCCGCAUUAAGAUUCGCAGGCAUGCGGCGAGCAGCGACGCCCCUGAACUAUCUGCAGCAGGCCCCUCGCAGGCAGGCAGUGCAGAUGUGGCCGGUUCCCUCUAUGGGAUCCAAGUUGGCGACACUGACUCGGAUGACGAAGAGUGGCAGCCCCAGGACGACACUCCCUCCAGUGACUCUUCAGUGACAUCCACCGGAGAUGUGGAAGAUGAUGGCCAAGAUCUCUCCGGCAAUGAAAACCAAAUUGAAGCUUCCUUCCGUGCUGCGAGGAGCACCUGGACUUCAUCCCAGAGAACCAGGCGAGCCCAUGAUUCAGGGAAUCACCCUACAGACAGACCAAGUACCUCCCGGCAGUCUGCCAACCAGGAAGCUACAGGAAGUGAAAGAACUUUGCACAGGAAUGCUUCCCACAGUGCUGAACAAACAAGCAGCAGUCGCCGUCGCCGUAGAGAUAGAAGUGAUCCUGAGGAAGAUGGUGCAGGCAGACGUAGCAACAAGAGGGCCAAGAGAAAAUGAUGUCAUGCAUGGGAAAGCCUACCACUGCAUGCUGGUUAGGUAACUGCAAAGCAAUUCUCUAGUUUUUCUUUCAUCGCAGACUAAAGCUAUUAAAAAGGCAGAGUAUUAAAAUUUGCUUCCCCGGGCAGGCGAAUUUCUGUAAAAAUUAAAUGUGGUGGCCUGUCUUAUUUUGCCUGUGUAAUGUGCGCACAUACUGUGGUGCAAGACGGCCGACUUGGCUUGACUGCCUGAUUGUGACAAUCAUGCUACAGCCAAAUAGCAGAUUUGUUUAACAUUAUUGUACCACAUGAAUAUUUAGGCCUGAGAGCAGAAUGCUCACUGGUCCACUCGCCAUCACAUUACAGUUUCUAUUUUUCUGUUUACUGUGCCCACACACAAACGAUCCUUGCACAGGUUAAAUAUGUGCGUGGGGUGAACUAUUGCCUUGCCCAUCCGGGCAGUAGUUAACUAUGUGCAUUUGCAUUACCAAGCAAUCGUGGAACCAUCACCCAGGGGUAGUAUGCUUGCAUGAACAUUGCCCUAGCUUAAUAAACACAGAAAUAAAUGGCGACACUCAUGUAGCAUUUUCCUGUAUUUACUGAUGCUUGAAAGUGUAGUAGCAACUGAAUUCAUAUUUGUGUGGAAUAGUAAGAAAAAUAUACCAUAGUUUAUUUUGGAUGGAUAGUUGACGUCAGCCAUCAGCUCCCCUCCUCAUGCUGUGGGAAGCUGGUAUGUCUUUCAGCUUUUUCCUCAGGAACUAGUUUGUCAGCUUCCAACACCUCGGAAGCUACUAUUGACCUUCCACCCUGAAACCAUGUUAUAUCUGCACUAGUUCCUGUGCUGAUAUUAAUGCGUUAUUGUAAUUGUUCUCUUGAUAUUUCCAGUAAUAUAUUUACAUGUAGUUGUUUGCUAAUGCAUGUGUCAUGGGAAAUUUUAUAGAGAAUUUACUGAUGGACGUCAGUUUCCAGCCACUGCUUGGUUUGUGUGAAUAGUGUCCUACUCUUUUUGUCAGGUUGAAUUGAAACUUUACAGACAUACUCACAAUAGAUGCCUUUGCAUGGGACAGCCAAUUAGUUGAGGUCACAAGGCAAACAAAUCUAAAGUGGAAACAAGAAAAAAAUUAAGAAAAGAAAUCCCCCCCAAAAAAAUAAGUACUUAGCAAUGACCAUGUACAGAGAUGAACAGCAACUUGGAAAACAGCCAAAUGUAAGUGUCCUAAUGAAUUUCUCAAAUCUUGCCUUAAAGUCUGUGUCCACUACAGUGAGCCCCAAAUUUCCAAUCUCUAGCUCCUUCGAAAAAACUGCAUGCUCAGUAUAAGUCACUGGGUUUUAAUGUGCACAGGAACAUCAAAACACAACAUGAAGCGAGUGGGGAGAGUGUUUACACGUAGUCUGAACAUGAAAUACCUACAAGAGUUACAGGGCCAGGUUCCCAGAGCUAGAGGGCUGUUACAUUCACAAGCAAAGCCAAGCUGGACUCUCCUUUUACCCCUCAUCAGGCUACAUAGCGCCCUCUUUAUGUCAGAAGAGAUGUCUCAUAUACUUACGCAGUUACCUGCAUAAAUGACUUGUGGACUUCCCAGUGUGUAUCAACAUUUUGAAUGGCAUUUGUACUCAAGAGGAAAAACAGAGAGAAGUUGAUAGAUUUUCCUUCAGUGACUGAAAAAGUGAUUACUUGGGGGGUCUGACACAUUUCUAAGGUAUUAUUUAACACAAGUUAUCAGCAUUGUUAAAUUUGUAAGGUAAGUCUUUUUUUAGAAGUAAUUGGCCAAAUGAUGUCAUUUUGAUUUCUUGCAAACUAAGAGAUGUUAGAGCCCACAUUUCAAAUCCAUACUAAGGUUACUUUGUGUGACCCAUUAUACUCUGAAGCUUUUUCAACAACAGAGUAAAUCUUCUUGUUUUAUAAUAAGAACAGUUAAAGGCUAAACAACUUUACAGGUUUUGAAACGAUAAUUUUGUAAUUACAGAUCCUGAACAUUUUCCACUCUUUAAUCUGACCAACCUGGUAGUGUUUUUUGAGGUCUUGCUUAUGGUGCAAUCUUGUAUGCUGUUUAUUUUCUCUCAACUUUCUGAGAAUUCUUCUUUACAUGCUUAUCACAUCCAACCUCAGAAUGCUUUUCAUCACCACCAGUGAAAAAAAACACUAUGUUUUCCCUGGUCGAAAAGUAAUUUUUCUGCUCAUUUGUGUAUAAAUAAACACAAGCGCAAACUGCA